UAGCACCGCCCCCUCCCGUCGCGCCCCGCGGCGCUCGUGAUGGCGCCGCCCGCGCGGCUCGUGCCGGGCCUGGCGCUGGCACUGGGGGCGGCCGGGGCCGUGCUCGGGCUGCGGCUGCUCUGGGCGAGGCGGCAGCGGGAAGAGCGGCGCCGGGCCCGGGGGAACGGUGUGCCUCGAGUGCCGGUUCCCGUCGAGGUGGGCAGUGGGGCUGUGUCUGUGCCUCUCCUGCAGCCUGAGGAGCAGGUGGACCUGCUGGAGCGCCUGGACUUCGUGUUGAGGAACAUUGCGGAGCUGCGGAAAGAAGUGGAGGAGCUGCGGAGCAGCCUGCAGCGCUUGGCGGCUGAGAUUGUCAGUGAAGUCAGGUCCCAUCUGGAGGAAACGCAGAGAGUAACUCGCCGGAGGCGGUUCCCAUUUCCUAGGGAAAGAAGCGAUUCCACAGGCUCCAGUUCGAUUUAUUUCACGGCCAGCUCGGGAGCCGCCAAUACGGAUGAUGGGGAAAGCGAAGGAGGGUACACAACAGCCAACGCUGAGUCUGAUUACGACCGAGAGUCUGAGAGAGAGAGUGAGGAAGGGGAAGAUGAAGUGAGCUGUGAAACAGUGAGGACUGCACGGCGGGAUUCGCUGGACCUCGUCAAUGAGGAGGAAACACAUUUACUCCUCGAUUCCUCGCUGGAGGAAGGACUGGGUCAGCUAUUGCAGCAGGCUGACCGCUUGCACGACGGGGAUGAGCAGGAGAAGAGAGAGGGCUUCCAGCUGCUGCUGAACAAUAAACUGGCGUACGCUGACCAGAAAGACUUUGUUUGGCGCCUGGCGCGAGCACAUAGCGAUAUGUGCGAAAUUGCGGAAGAUACGGAAGAGAAGAGAUCGUAUGCAUAUGACGGGAAAGAAGAGCUGGAAGUCGCCUUACAGAAAUGGGACCAAAGCGCCGAGUGCCACCAGUGGUAUGCUGUUCUUUGUGGGCAGCUGUCGGAGCACGAGAGCAUUCAGAAGCGCAUCCAAACCGGGUAUGUUUUUAAGGAACACAUUGACAAAGCGAUUGAGCUGAAACCAGAGGACCCAAAGUCUCACUAUCUCCUGGGCAGGUGGUGUUACCAGGUUUCCCAUCUAGGAUGGCUUGAAAAAAAGGCGGCUUCUGCUUUGUUUGAAGCUCCCCCCACAGCCACUGUGCAGGAUGCGCUGCAAAACUUCUUACGGGUUGAGGAGCUGAGCCCAGGAUUUUCCAAAGCAGGAAGAGUCUACAUUGCCAAGUGCUACAAGGACCUGGGAAACAACUCUGCGGCCACUCUUUGGAUGAACCUGGCCUCGGAACUGCCAGCUCACACAAAAGAGGAUGAAGAAAGCGAGAGAGAACUUGAAGAGAUGCAGUCAGCCUGGGAGGAGUGAAUACCUAAAGGCUCAUCCCACUGGAUACUGCACGACAGUAACAUUCCAGUUUGAGGGGUUUUGUGAUCCUGAUGACUUUGCACUUCAUGGAUGAGCCACAAGAGUUUACAGGGGAAAACACGCAGCAGCCUCACCAGCACAUCCAGGAGAAGAUCUUGGUGGGAUUGAACCGGAUCAAAUUCUGCAUUCUUUUCCUCCUUAUGGCACGUUUGAUUUUAGAAUUCCUAAAAACUGUCCAAUUCCUAAAAACAGAUGGGGGGAGGGCAUAGGUAGAGUUUGUGAUAUAAAAUAUGUGAUACACGUGUACCAUAGCUCUAGGUGAGAGAUACUAUGUGAUAUAAGAAAAUAUGCACAAAUAUAUCCAUAUUUAUAUACACAUCUAGAUUUUAUGUCACAAACUCCCCGUCUGACAGCCUGACCUCAGCCCAGCUCCUGUGGGAUCUCACCUGAUUCCUUCAGCCUAAAUUCUUUUUUGGAUUAACUGUUUCCCCUUAACCUGAAUAAUUGAAUCAGUUGAAAUAACUGAUCACACACUUUUCGGAGCUGUUAGGUGGAAUGAGAUCUUGAGCUCCUGGGCUUGGUGGUUGGAGCGCUGCUGGGUUAUAGCAGCAGGAGGCACUUGGGGUGCUCACUUGGUGUUACUUGGCAUGAGCCCACCUCAAAGUCUCCUGGCUAUUGUCAUAAGUAAACUGUUGGGGUUUUCUCAGCAGAAAACACGGGUAGAAUUACAAUUUCCAGAAGUUGACUUGGCUGAUGUUUGAGUGUUGUGUGCAAAGCACAGGGUAAAGUUGGAGAAAAGGCUGACCUCGGGGUGAUGCUUUCACUGUGAAGGGAAACCGAGGUCAAAUGUUGGGGGAAGAGAGGGAGAAACAAGAUUGAGCAAUUGCUUUAGACUUGCCACGCUUCUGGUUUGGCACGCACAGGCCAGCACAGCAGAACCAGGCGUGGAAACACGAUAGCAGUAACUUCAGUAGCCCGAGAUUCAGUUCUCGUGCCAAGAUGUGCUGAAAUCUUGCUUUCUCCAAAGUAAAACUGAGAUGGGCUCAGGA